AUUCAAUUCAAGGAAAGCCAAUACAGUACAGUAUGGGCACUGAAUAAAACACGACGACGUUUCUUGCCCGCAUUCGCGACGCGCUUCGGAAGGGCUUCCGCGCCAACAAAUCGUACCCCAUUAAUCCUUACUCAACUUACGCGUACUUCUGCGCCAUUUUCCACCCCAGAUUAGCCAGGGAUGAUCAGGCAUGAGCUCUUUUCCUUGCAGUCAAUGCUGGUCAAAGAGGGUGAACAAGUCCUGAAAAGCUGUCGCAAGUUUGUUCCUUAUAUAUGAAGAACGACGAGGUAAAGCAGGUGACGAAGACAGAGACGAAAGCCGUGACACACACCGAGCCGACCUUGAAGGCAUUUUCGAAGUUUUAUAGCGACAGCUGACCUAGUGGUGAGGGGCGGAAAGAAAAACCCGGUCGACCGAUGAGUGAAGGGCGCGAAAGUAGGACUGAAACGAAGCGGUAAUCGUUGGUCUGUCGAAUCGAAUGUCAGACGUUAUUAAAAAAGAGAAGAAAAGAGCGGCAUGAAAACUAACAGCUCUGAAGGAAUAAGUCAAGCAAUCUCACGGCUUCGUGUUCGUAUUUUCACGACGCCCGCGCCUGCUUUUUUUCUGCUGACAACUUAAGCCACGUAUCUUGUGCUAAAGACCGGGAGAUGAAGGAGUGAAGAAAGGGAUUGAGAAUCCUUCUGCUGGCUAACUUCAGAUACUGCACUGCUGAGGGGGACGCUUCCUGUCGGUAUUGGGGACAAAUUUGACGACUCCUUGGUGGCAUAAGGGGCAUAUAGGAGUCUUAUAUAUUGCUGCUGGUCGCCGGAAAGAUGUUGCUCGCCACGUGGAUCAAAAUGAUCAUCGAAUUCCAGGUUCUUAUGUGGGACAGACUGAGUGACAAGAACAGAGCAUCGAAUUCGAGCUCGUCGACAGCAUCUGAAGACCGGAAGGUUCGAGGUGACCCAUCAUCAGUGCUCACCUAUUUUCCUUUCGUGAACAAUGAUGCAUCGAAAGUCAGCUGGGCUCAUCGAGUCAACAACCGACAGUUGUUGAAGCAGUCUCUCGCUGAUGAAAAUAUUCUGAUGCUGGAAGCGGAUGUUUUGCGGGGUCGGUUGAAAAAUUCGGCGGAUACCAGCGAGGUGGCCAUCAUGGCUCAUCCACCAGACAGGGAGUCGGACUUGACGUUUGACGACUUCAUCGACAAUGUGAUCCAGGCGAAAGCUGGCAAGGGUGUCAAACUGGACUUCAAGGACUUCUCAGUCGUCGAGGAAUGCUUGAAAAAGCUGCAAAAGCGUUCCGACGAGCUGAAGUUCCCGAUAUUGCUGAACGCGGACAUUAUCGCGGGUCCCCUCAAGGCAAAGAAAACUCCGAUUGACGCGGACGCGUUUCUCAGUACCUGCAAGACGUACUUCCCGGAGGCCACGUUGUCUGUGGGCUGGACGAUCGACGUCCCGAAGCUGUACCUGGGCGGUGGGGCAUAUCGCAUGGACCACUUGGACCAAAUGCUUGCGGCGCUCGAGCGCAACAACAUUACGCAACCCGUCACAUUUCCCGUAUUCGGCCUUUUUGCACACAAUUCUGUGAAGGCCUUGGGCUGGCUCUUGGACCGCGUGGCCGGCAGCUCUUUGACCAUCUGGGGCGGAAAGAUGGACGCGCCGUAUCACAAUCGGAAGGCGCUGGCGCGCAUGCGUGACGAACUUGGGCGCGACCGAGUCUUCUUCGACUUGCCGUAUAAUCUACCCAAGUGACUCACGUGUGCUGACGCUGCUGCGGGCUUCCCGAAAGCUGGCAUUAAUUUCCGUGCUCUCCAUAGCGUUUUCUGAACUCGUUCAUCUCUCUCACUGGGUGGAAAUAAUUAAGCUCUAUGCGCGACAA